AUGGCUGAGCUGGAGGAAACGGCCGCGCUCAAAACCAAGGAGGUCUUGGGACAGGUCAAGAGGACCGAGAUGCCAAAGGAUGCCAAAACCGUGAAGACCAAGUGGGUCUACGCGAUCAAAACGGAUACGCAAGGCUUUGUUGUGAGAAUCAAAGCGAGAGUCGUGGCGCUCGGAAUCUACCGGAGGUCAGGAAUCGAUUAUAUGGAAACUUCGUCGUCUGUCGCGAGAAUGUCUUCGUUCCGGAUCACGGCAGCCAUAUCAGCAGAGUUUGAUCUUGUAAUUUACGGUGGGGACAUUAACACUGCGUAUCUAGAUGCAACGCUCGAGAUCGCUCAGUAUGUCGAUAAGAUAGAGGGGUAUCCGUGUGAGGACCCGUCGUAUGUCAACGUGGUGCGGAAGGCGCUGUAUGGCUUGCGCCAAUCCGGCUGUGAAUGGAACUCGGAGAUCAAUGGGUGUCUUUCGAACCGCGGAUUCGAACGGUGUGCUACGAAAUCCUGUCUCUACUACUUGAUCGACGGAGAGAAGAUUAUGCUGCUAUUGAUCUACGUGGGCGACGUGGUUCGUGCCACGAAUGAUGAGGAGUGCAAUAUCGGGUUGUUUCUGAGCUCGACAAGGCGUAUGGCCUGA